UUCUUUUCAAUUUUGUUUUGGUCAUUUUUCAUUUUUUUCUUAUAAAUAGGGUCUUUCUACUUCAAAGCACCUUCCAAUAAGUCACACAUAGAGAGGCGUUACAAAACACACUCAACAAAGCUUUGAUAAGUUUUUGGACUAGUAAUGGAGUGGAAAGAAUGUUACUUAGAUGUGAUCUUAGUGCCGCUAGGGCUAAUGGCAUAUGCAGCUUACCAUGUUUACUUGUGGCACAAGUUACGUACACGGCCUCUCACCACCGUCAUCGGUACUAACGCUAGAGCUCGCCGUUUUUGGGUCGCUUCCAUCAUCAAGGACAACGAAAAGAAAAACAUAUUGGCCGUUCAAACGCUAAGAAACUGCAUAAUGGGAUCGACUUUAAUGGCUACAACAUCAAUCCUCCUCUGCGCGGGUUUAGCUGCGGUUAUAAGCAGCACUUAUGCGGUAAAGAAGCCUCUAAGCGACGCCAUUUACGGAGCUCACGGGGAGUUCAUGGUGGCUCUUAAGUAUGUGACAAUCCUCAUCUUCUUCCUCUUCUCUUUCUUCUCUCACUCUCUCUCGAUCCGGUUCAUCAACCAAGUCAAUAUCCUCAUCAACACUCCAUUUCCUCCCGAGGAGUUGGAGGAGAUGAUGAUGAUAACGCCGGAGGAGUACGUGGCGGAGUUGCUAGAGAGAGGGUUUGUUUUGAAUACGGUGGGGAAUCGGUUGUUCUAUGCGGCGUUGCCUUUGAUGCUUUGGAUAUUUGGACCGGUGCUUGUGUUCUUGUGUUCGGUCAUGAUGGUUCCUCUUCUUUAUAACCUUGAUUUUUUCUUCUUCGGCAAAGAAAGAAGCAAAAUCGAAAGAAAAACUUGUUUUGGAUCUGUGUAGAAUCCUGUUGAUAAGCAAUAUACAUUGGACUUGCAUGCAUAUUUCGAAAAUUAUUUCGGUUUCGGUUUAGAUUUUUUGGUUCAAGUAAAUUUCUAAUUAUAUUAUGCGUGAUAGUAUAAUUAUCAUAUAGUAUUGAUUAGGGUUUAUUGAUGAAUGAGUAUUAUGAGUAUGUACAUCCCUACAUGAGAACUUAAAGAUUAAGUUGGAGUAGGUGUCUUGUGUAAUGUGUCACGUUUCGGUUUGUUGAGAUUCGACGCUAUAAUUGGCAUUUCCAUGUGGGUAGCUUUAUAACUUAUACGCGUAUGAAGA